GAGGCUAGCUAAUCGGCUAGCUAGCUCGUAGACUUAUUUACUUACUGUAACUGUUAACGGGUUCAAACAGAAAGCCUCCUCAUGGCGUUAAUCCUGUUUACGAGGUCUCGGGCGCCUCUAAUGAAAACAUCCAGGUCAUUAAAGAACGAAUUCAGGAAAGGGAAACUACAAGAUGGCGCCUGUUUCAACUGCACAGCGCUCAGACUCUCCAGUCAAAAACUUGAUGGCCUCAGACUCGGCAGUCCCGUCUCUUCGUUCGGCCCUUCCCACCCCUUAUCAGACGGCUUCAUCGGCCCCAGCCCGGGCGCAGACUCACAGCGGCUCUACUGCGCGUUUGUGCCAGGGGCCUCUUCUUCACCUUACCCUGCAAUCACAACGGGCCCCCAGUGGACGAUAGUGCGACCACAGGACAUCGCCGGCGUUCGGCGGAUACACACCUCCAGGAGAAGACUGGACGAUUCCAAGGUGGAGAAGUCGCUGCAGGCGUUAAAGGAGAAGAAGAAGAAGCUGGAGGAAGGGGGGCCUGUGUACAGCCCGACGCUGGAUGCAGCGCCUGUGAGAAGGACGCUCAGGCAGUGGGUUAAAGAUGAAAUUAAGCACUACUAUCACGGCUUCAGGCUGCUGUGGAUUGAUACCACUAUCGCUGGGAGAAUGCUGUGGAGGGUGCUGAACGGACACCCGCUGUCCCGCCGCGAGAGGAGACAGUUCCUCCGAACGUGUGCAGACGUCUUCAGACUCCUCCCCUUCCUCGUGUUCAUCAUCGUUCCCUUCAUGGAGUUCCUGCUUCCUGUGGCUCUGAAACUCUUUCCCAACAUGCUGCCGUCCACAUUCGAGACGCAGUCCAAGAAGGAGGAGAGGUUGAAAACGGAGCUGAGGGUCAAACUGGAGAUGGCCAAGUUCUUGCAGGACACCAUCGAGGAGAUCGCUCUGCGGAACAAAGCCGCCCAGGGAAACGUGACGGAGGAGUUCUCCACCUUUUUUCAGAAGAUCCGGGACUCCGGGGAGCGUCCGAGUAACGAGCAGAUCAUAAAGUUCUCCAAACUGUUCGAGGACGAGCUGACGUUGGACAACCUGACCCGACCUCAGCUGGUGGCUCUCUGCCGUCUCCUGGAGCUCCAGUCCAUCGGGACCAACAACUUCCUCCGCUUCCAGCUCAUCAUGAAGCUGAGGGCGAUCCGAGCGGAUGACAAGCUGAUUGCAGAAGAAGGGGUGGUGAGUCUGAACGUGAACGAGGUGCAGGCCGCCUGUCGUGUCAGAGGGAUGAGAUCUCUCGGAGUCACAGAAGAACGACUGAGAGAGCAACUCAGCCAGUGGCUGGAGCUGCAUCUGAACCAGCAGAUCCCCACGUCCCUGCUGCUGCUGUCCCGAGCCAUGUACCUCCCCGACACGCUUUCCCCCGCCGACCAGCUGAAGACGACUCUGCAGACGCUGCCCGAGAUGGUGACGAAGGAGGCACAGUUGAAGGUGGCAGAGAUGGAGCUCUCCAAAGUGGACAAUAAGACGAAGGUGGAGACGAUGCUGCUGGAGGAAGAGGCCAUACGCCAGGACAACAAGGACAGGGAGAUGGAGAGGCUGGCGGAUGCUGCCGAGAAAGCUGCCAGGGAGGGAGAGCUGGAACAUGAAGCCGAGCGGGCUAAAGCUGUCGAUGCUUCAGAGACUCUGAAGGAUACGGCCCCCAUCAUAGAAGGACUGAAGUUUGAACAGUGGCAGUCAUUCCUGCGCCUCCAGGGCGAGGAGAUCACCAAAGAAGAGAUUGACCUGUUGAGCGACGCGUGCACGAAGCUGAAGGAGCAGAAGAAGCUGCUGACGCUGGAGAAGGAGGAGCUGGAAGAACUGAAGGACGACGUCCAGGAGUACAACGAGGAUCUGGAAGAGAUAAAGAAGGAGCUUUCUAAGACCGGCCAGGAGAAGGAGGUAAAGGAGUCGAAGGCGAGCCAGCGUUUGACUAAGAGAGUGAACCGAAUGAUCGGUCGCAUCGACAAGAUAAUCCUGGAGCUGGAGAAGGACAAGGUCAUCCUGGACGGACAGAUGGACAGCGGAAACUCUCCACCUGUGGGAUUAUUCUUUACUAAACGUAGUGAUGCCACAAGUCUGUUCUACACCUUCAGGGAGAACCUCAUCAGCAUCGACGAGCUGAUCGGCGUCAUGCGGCAGAUCCAGAACAUUCCAGAGCACAAGCUGCAGAGCAUCGCCGAGGCCCUCGACGACAACAAGGACGGGAAGAUCGACAUCGACGACGUCAUCAAGGUGGUCGAGCUGAUCGACAAGGAGGACAUCGACAUCUCCACCACUCAGGUGGCGGACAUCAUGGUGAUGCUGCAGAAGGAGGAGAAGCUGAUCGAGAAGGGGAAGGCCAAAGAGAAGGCGGAGAAAGAGCAGGCAGCCACACUCAACAACUAACUCAUAUUCCAAGAAAGACACACAGCACGAAAAAAAAAAAAAAGACCACUGAGAUGUUUGUGGCUGGUACCCGGACACAGAAACCCCGGUGCACCAGAACCUUCUGGACAGGUGAAGAGAGAGUCCUGAGGUAACAGCUGCCGUCUCAAAAAAAACGCCAUUUCAUGAAAAAUUUAGCUCCUAAACUAUUAUUUUAAAAAUGAAAUCGAAAGGCGUACUGCACAAAGCUUACGUUAAAACUCUUCUGGACUAAUCAUGCAUCAUAUGUUGAUAUUUGAACUUAAAUAAUUUAACUGAAUAAUGUAUUAACACAGGGAACAGAAUGACAGGAAACCGCUGAAAAAAUUAAGUUUGAGAAAAUAUAAUCAGAAGAUUUAUGGUUUAAAGUUUGAGGUGAACCGUCUUGCCUUUUCCUCUCCAUUCAUGUCAUCAUCUCAGAGAAAUGAGCGAUCAUUUCUGGACUUUGCACAGUAAAACAAAAAGAAUCAUUGUCAUCACUUUCAUUUUUUUUUUUUUUCAGUUUUAUUUAUCCAUGCUACACUCAUUUUGUGAACGAACCUGUUAUUUUUUUUAUGAACUGUACACGGACAGGGUAGAUGUAAAUGGUGGCUGCAACCAAAUAUGUAAUAACACAGAGCAAAAUUAAGUAAUUCAACUUCACCAAAAAUCAUGUGUGGAAAGCUUUAUAAUCAUUCUAACGACAGCUUUGCGUUCAUCAUUUCCACUAAAAACCAAAGUACACGGAGAGUUUGUAGAAGUGUUGGAUGUUUGAUUUAAUAACCAAGGACCGAAGCUAGCAACAUUUUCAUCAAUAUAUCAAAUAAUAUUGUACUGUUUUUGCUUUUUAUUUUGUAUUUAAUGUAAUAACAUGUCAUCUCAAUUUAGCACAGCUCUUAUAUCUCUUCCUCUUUCGUUCUGUAGUUCUCUCUAACAAGCCAAAGUUGAUCCAUAGAACUCCUAAAAUCAGCUAAAAGACGACUGAUAACGGGAAUUUGAGAGCAGGGGCGUGUCCAGACUUUUUUGUACUCGGGGUGGCACUGACUGGUGCAGGGGGGGCCUUGAAGUUUGUGUGCACACACAUGAAUGAAGAGCGUUUAUUUGCCCCUUCUGUCUGCACCAAUCACAUCGGCUUUUAAGACCAGAUGAUGGUGACAUAAACAUCUUCUAAGCGUCGCUCUUCAAGGACUCAAAAUAAAUAUGAACGCCCAAAGUCACAAUUUAAAGUAGUGUUGUACUCGAAAUCGGUCUUGGUCUCAAGAUAUGACCUUUAUGGUCUCAGUCUUGUCUCGGUCUCGCCCUGCCUUGGUCUUGGUCUCAGAGCACUCUGGUCUCAAUUAGUGUGGUCUUGACUGAAAACUAUGAGCUUCCCGUUGCGACACAUGGGCUUCCUGUUUAAGCACAAGUCCCACCUCUCGCAAGGCACAUAGCCGAUCAUUGUACAGGAUUUUGGGGUGGCCAAUAUGGUUUGAACGGGGUCAAUGCUACCCAUCUGGACACGCCCCUUUUGAGACACAUACCAAGUCAUAAUUUAAUCUUUGAAAAAAUCUCCAAUGAUCAAUAUGCAACGUCAAUAUAUCGAAUCUUUAAGUUUGAAUGAGAAAACAUCUGCUCAUGUGGAGUGUGCACAGAUUUUGAAUUAUUCUGAAAAUGUAAAGAUAAUCAGACGGCGGCUUUCUUUAACUCGUAUAAAGAAUAUUUAAACAUUGUACUAACUUAUUUCUAGGGUCUUCUCGGCUCUGUCGCUCUGCUGCAGACAGUGCUGAGAGUAUUAUAGACUGUGAGUGUGAGUGCACUCUGCUGGACAAUCUGUGUAAUGACACCUCUUCUGGGUCACCUUAAAGCUCCUGUGUGGAGUUUUUUUUAAGUUGGUUAUGAAACAGAAUAAAAUUAAUACUGAAGCUUCUUUAUGAGCCUCAAAAGCUAACAAGACCAUCUGCUCAAGGAUUGAAUAUUCCUUUAAGUUCUUUUUAACGGCUGAACGUGCUGCUGCAUGGUCGGUGUCGAGCAAGACGAUUAACAGAACCCCGUUAAAAAGACGUGUUUGACUGUAAACAUCUGGAUAACCGAAGAGAUGAAAGGAACAGAUUUGACAGCAGGUGGCGCCAAAAUCGGCCCAAAUUAAUAAGUUCCUCACGGGAGCUUUGAGCACGAUCUUCUGUAUUACAUGAAAUGAAAAAUGUUUUCUCCCGCACCUGUUAGAAAACAGAAAUGCCGUUAACGUACAACGGCCGUACCAGUCGGGCUCUGACUAGUUGGUAUAUGAAAGCAGUGAGGAUAAUGUCAGUGUUGGGCCGAGUGUUUGUGCGGAGCAGUUGUAGUUUGACGUCUGUUUCUGUGUCUGAGGCGGCUUCUUGUGAACAUUCAGUGGUUUAGUUUGAGCUCGUUUUAAAUUCUCUGCAGUUUGAAGCAAAGUGGCCUUCUCUUGUCUUGACGCAGAUAUUUUGGGUCGUAUACUGUUUGUCUAUUUAUUUUGUUUAGAGCGUUUUGUAGAGAAAGUUAAGGCAGACAUUCUUCUCCUGGAGGAUGGACUUGAUGUCAUUUAGUUUUUUAACGACGAGACGAGCGCAGGUGAGGUUCAGGUCGUUCGACGCACACACCUAUUCCUCUGUUUUUGAUUUGUUGUAUUUGCACUGUGGCGAUGAAUGUGUGUGAAGAAAGAGGAGGAUUUAAUUUAAUAUUUGAGUCUUCUCUCCUCCUGUGGACGUUUGGUAAAUCGUGCUCACACGGCGAUCAGCUCGGGAAAUGUGGAAAAUUCUGUUUUCUGACCCAUCUCUUCCUUUUGAGAAGAGCUCGGCUGUGAACACAGAAGACAAAGCGGUGCUGAAGUGGAAGACGCCUCAUUUAUUUAAUCUGUUUAUUGAAUCCACUCUCAGACGUGUAGACGAUUAAGAGGCCGUUCAUCUCUCAUGAGACCCCGGCGUUCCCCCUGACAGGACGAGGGGUUCUCGUUUGGGUCUGGGACCAGUCAGACUGAUGGGUGCAGGGUAAACACUCGCCCGUACAUGGUGCACAGCCAGCUCCUCUGGAGGGUUGUGUUUAGGUUAGAGGCGACCCCUGCGGGACAUGGCACUCUCCCUGCAGCAUAAAUCAACUGUCAGCGUAAACACGUCAGCGAAAUAUUGUGACAACGUCUCGAUUACACUCGGCAGGAGAGAGAGGGGUGUUUGUGAAAUCACGCCUGACAGGACAAACUCAGGGGAGCGCUGUGUACAUUUUAAAGCACUGCCACCGUUUCUACGCACGGAGUGGUACAAGGUCUUUAAGACAGGGAGGUAUUUUAGUGUUUUUAAAGAAGCAACUCAGUUUGAUUGCACACUCAACCUCGGCUAAAACACAUCUCCAUGGAAACGUCUCCUUUCUUACCCAGAGAUUUGUAGCUACUGAGAGUGAAUCAGUUGUGCAGUAUUUGGCUUUUAUUAACCUUCAGAUGCUGAGUUACACGUUGGACGAUUUAAAACUAAAAAAAGGAUGACAUUUUUUGUCAGCCAAAAACGACCGACACGUGCACAGAUAAGAUCAGCAGAGAGAUGCAUCGUCCUGCUUUGUCCACAGGGGGCGCCAAAAUCGACACAACCCCCGAUAAGUUCCUCACAGGAUCUUUAAAUCAUCCCCAGUUACUUUGAGUAUUUGUGUUACUGCGUCCCUGAACUACCGUUGUGAGAGGAUGCAAAGUGUUGAAAUUCAAGAAAUCCUGGAAGAAAAAUCUCUAAAUGAAAUGAAAGCACAAUAUAAAAAUGGACGUCAAAAGAUGAUGUUUGCUGAUUCUGACAUAUUUUAAUAGUAAGGUCGUUGAGAUUUUCAUAACCCUUCAACACCACAUGUUUAAAAUCGAUAGAAUCUCUGUUGUGCUGAUGAUCGAUAAUAACGAGAAGCACCAAAGCUUAAAAAAAAAAAACAGGUCAGAUUUUCUGUCAUAAUUUUAACUAAAAGGCAGAAUGUUUCGCUGUCUCAAUGUUUCAACAUAUUUGUACAAUUUAGACGGUUUGCAGGAGUUUGAUUUGCAAUUAAUAGCAACAUUUGGGCUUUGAUUUGGGCUUCUGUUUGUUGCCGUGGUAACAAACAGGUAUUGAUGUUGUUUGAUUUUGACUAGAAAUGUCUCAAAGUUUAAAAAAAUCUGGCAUCGGGACGACCCCAAAAACAGAAGGAUCCUGCAGCUUGUCGAGGUCUGGGGGCUGCAGUGUUUGUUGUCGGGCAGAUUUCAGAGCUCUCUGCUGGGAGCGGUGUUAAGUUGUGUUCGAGCCGCUUUCUUUUAAAACCUUAAAAAACGACGAGAGGAGAGAUUCAGUCGGCAGGAGACGCCGACAUCACUGUUUUGUCGACUCCAGAAGCAAAGCAAACUGAUUUUUAGUGACUUUAUUUCGACUGUUUCAGCCGCUCGCUGUCAGAAUACUUCAUCUCGCUCUCUGGAGAAUCUGCCGCUGUGUUAUUGCACUAUUCUACAUUUUUUUUGAUACGGGAGGUGUCGCGGUGUGUCGGACUCAGGAUUGUGAAAGCGGAGUUUGCUUUGUGUAAGCUUCAGGAGCUGAAGUCGGUGCGUGUCGGUGCGAUUGAGGAGACAAACCGUCCUGAAAAAAGAUUCCUGUCGAGUUUUAACGAGAAAAGUCGAUGAUCUUUUUGUACUAGAAGAACAAAUAUUGAAAGCAAUAAGAGGUUUAUGCAACAUGUACCUUACUUUUAGUUUUAUUUGAACCCUUUCUGUGAGGCGUUGAAGCAUAUUGUAAUAUAUGUAAAUGAGAAACAUGGUGUAAUGAUGCAGAAGGAGGAAGUGAUUCUCUCCUCAAUAUCAGGCUGCUUGUUGAGAUGAUUUGCUUGGUUAUUACACUGACUUUUUGAUGACAGAUGUACCCGCUAUAUUUCCUUUUAUAAGUAUUUUGCACUAGACCUUUUUAUCACUAGAGGAAUGCUACUUUUUUGUAGAAUAUAUACGAGUAUGCAAGUUUUCUCUCGGAGGUGGGAGAGAAGGGAGAACCGGAGGCGAGGAUCAGCAGCUUAUUUUUUUAAAGUCAGGGAAACACGACGCGGGGUCCGAGUCCGUCUGUAAAGGAGCAGCUAAGACCUCUCUCAGGUCCAACAUGGAAGUCUGGAAACUAAAAAAAAAAAUCUUUAGAAAACUAAAUCUGAUUUUUAAUCCCAUUUCCUACAAAGCUGGGACGAUGUGAAAAGUCGAAAUGCAAACAGGACGUGAUGAUUUCUAAAACAUUGAAACGUCAUAUUUACUUGAAGAUAGCACAAAGACAACAUGACUUGUUUGUUGUCAUGUUUAAUUUAGAAAGUCUAAAGUGUAAUUCAGUCUAAGUCAAUUGUGAGAUGUUCCACCAGGUGAUUUUUCUUUUGUCGACCUGUCGACUCUUUUGAAAGGUGUUGCCUUGACCUCAACUUCAAAACGGUCACAUCAUUCUACAAAAAGCAGAAACUUCAACAUCUGAUUUGUUUUUGUUUUUUUUGCUGUUUCCAAGUAAAUGUGACGAUUCAAAGUUUGACAAAUGAUCAGAUUCUGCUUUAGGCCGACACAAAGUCCCAGCAUCUUUAUGAUAGUGCAGCCACCAUCUUUUAGAAGAGGAAGGUUAAUGUUCAGAAGUUGUGUUCAGGCAGAACAUGUCGAGGUGUUAGGUUGUUAACUAGCGAGCGACGCAGUGAUCGUCGAUCUGAAUUCAACUUCAUCGUAAACUCUGAAUCUGUCUCAUGUUUUCAUACAAACACAGAUUAUCAUUCAAGAUUUAUCAAAUCAGCUGAGAAUGAAAAGAUGAAACGUGCUUCUCUUUCUGCCUGAACACAUCUUAAUCGAGACGUUUUCAGGUUGUAAAUGUUCUAAAGCGGCUUCUUGGACGCCAUGAACGGCUAACGUAAUAUUAAACGCCAAACGUAGUUUUGAAAUAAGGUACUUAAAAAAAGAUUUAAGUCAAGGUGUUGAUCUGUUGUGAUUUAAAAAAACAGCAGAGAAACUUUUAAAAGGUGAGGCGACAUGUCAGAGUUUAUCUUCUUUGGUUAUAUUUUGUUUUUGAGUUUCAACGAUCGCCCACUGGACAUAAUCAUCAUGUUUUAUUUAUUUAUUUAUUUAAUCAAGUUUUCAAAAAAAGUUUUUUUUUUUUUUCAAAUGUAGAAAAAAUGACCCUGAACUGGAUUUGACCUGUUUGAAGAAAAAAAAAAAAAACCCUCCGUGUUCUUGUUUAGACUCUCAUCGAGUAUUUCCUGUAAAAAAAAAAAAAAAAAAGACAUCAUUUAGAAAAAGUGAAUCAGACGUGUUGAAUAAACUUUGGAUGAUCCUGGA